UGGGGCAGGAGCUGUCGUUAGGCGACAAGGAUCCACUGCAGGAGCCUCGCGGGGUGCACGCGCGUGCAUCGGGAGGGCGGAGUCAGCAAAGCAGUGAAGUUUUAGCCUAGCAGGAAGCACGGAAGCUACUGCUGCAGCGGUGGGAAAAGAAAGAGGACUAGAGUGUCAGUCGGUCCUCACACGUCACAUUCCUCCGGGAAAUUCGCUGUCACUUGAAUCCUAGUGGGUGAGUGGGACAGAAUGAAGAGGCUCAGGCGACAUGGCCAGGAGUCCCAGAGAGAGCGCAUCAAACAGGAGCUCUUUCAGUUCAACAAGGCAAUGGAGCAUGGGUUCCCCCACCAGCCCAGCGCUCUGGGCUACAGCGCAUCGCUGCAGCUGCUGGCCAUCGGCACCCGCUCUGGUGCCAUCAAACUGUACGGAGCUCCGGGUGUGGAGUUCAUGGGUCUACACGAAGAAAACGCUGCUGUCACACAGGUGCACUUCCUGCCCCACCAGGCUGGACUUGUGACAUUGCUGGAUGACAACAGUCUGCACAUGUGGACUUUAAGAGCCCACAAAGGACAGUCUGAGCUUCUGGAGAUAGGACGUUUUACACUCACUGGACCCCCUGGUGCCUCACCAAGUGUGACCAGUGUGACAGCAGUGCUGCCCCACUCGUCAGGGGAGCUGCUGCUGUUGGGUACAGAAGGCGGCCAUGUCUUCAUAGUUGAAGUCCCUGGCUUCAGAGAGCUGGAAGAAAGGAACAUCAGUCUGGACCAAGUCGCCAAUAGUGUUCCAGAAGACUACAUCGGCCGCAGGAAUCUGGAACAUGUGGAGGCUUUACAAGAGAACCCAGUUAACCCAGACCAGAUUGUUAUUGGCUAUGGACGGGGUCUCAUGGUCAUAUGGGAUCUGGAGAAACUGUGUGCCACCCAGCACAUCCCUGCCACACAGCAACUCGAAAGCGUAUGGUGGACGGAUGACGGGAAGUACAUUCUGAGUUCACACAGCGAUGGAAGUUACUGUCGGUGGAUGGUGGGCGGAGAAGACGGGAAUGAGGAGGAGGAGGAGGAAGAGAAAUCGGACAUUCCUUAUGGACAUUUCCCCUGCAAGGCCAUUUCGAAAAUUGUUCAGCUACCCACGAAAGAAGGGCCACCGUUCCUGCUGUUCAGCGGCGGAAUGCCACGGGCCAGUUAUGGGGACAGACACUGCAUCACCGUAAUCCACAGUAAAACACACGUGGCGCUGGAUUUCACCUCCAGAAUCAUUGACUUCUUUGUCAUAAAAGAUGGACCACGAAGCGCAGGAGAGCCCAGUGCACUAGUUGUCCUGGUAGAGGAGGAGUUGGUAAUAAUCGACCUACAGACCGAGGGCUGGCCAGUCAUUCAGACGCCGUACCUGGUUCCCCUCCACAGCUCCGCUAUCACCUGCUCCCACCACGUCUCCGCCAUCCCACUCAAACUGUGGGAAAGAGUCAUCGCUGCCGGAGACCUGCAGAACACGCACUACUCUAAAAAGCCAUGGCCAAUCACAGGAGGCCAAAACCUGGCCUCCGAUCCUCCCCAGAGAGAUCUGCUGCUCACAGGGCACGAGGAUGGAACAGUGCGCUUCUGGGAUGCAUCGGGGGUCUGUCUGUAUCCCAUGUACAAGUUGAGCACCUCUGCAGUGUUUCACACAGACACUGAUCCAAACGAUAACAUGAACCAAAGCACGGAAGGAGAAUGGCCGCCGUUCAGAAAGGUUGGAUGUUUUGACCCCUACAGUGACGACCCGAGGCUCGGGAUUCAGAAGAUUCAUCUUUGCAAAUACAGUGGUUAUCUGACUGUAGCAGGUACAGCUGGACAGAUCCUGGUGCUGGAACUAAAUGAUGAGGCGGCAGAGCACACUAUAGAGGCUAAAGUUGUGGACUUGCUGCAGGGCCAAGAAGGAUUUCGCUGGAAGGGCCACACUCGGCUGGAUGUUCGAGAAGAUCCAGUGCUGUUUCCUCCAGGCUUCCAGCCCUUGGCUCUGGUCCAGUGCCAGCCCCCUGCGGUAGUCACCGCCCUCACCCUGCAUUCAGAGUGGAAGCUAGUGGCUUUUGGCACUAGCCAUGGUUUUGCCGUGUAUGAUUACCAACAGAAGAACAACAUCCUCAUCAAGUGUACUUUAAACCCCAGUGACCAGCUUGCAAUGGAGGGUCCAUUGUCCAGGGUGAAGAGCAUAAAGAAAUCCCUCCGCCAGUCCUUCAGGAGAAUCAGGCGCAGCCGAGUCUCACUUAGGAAACACCAUGUCAACAAUGCUGCAAAGCUUCAGGAUGCAAAUGCUCGUUUGGAGGCUGAGCUGGCAGAGAUGGAGUUGGCUCCUGUCCAGAGGAAGAUCGAGGCUCGCUCCUCAGACGACUCCUUCACUGGCCUCGUGCGGACUCUGUACUUUGCCGACACGUUCCUCUCAGACAGUUCUCACAACACACCCUCCCUAUGGGCAGGAACAAACGGUGGCUGUGUGUUUGCGUACAUGCUUCGUCUUCCUUCCGUAGAGCACCGAGCAGAUGAACCUAUCACAGCACAGCCAGCUAAAGAGAUCCAGCUAAUGCACCGGGCUCCUAUUGUUGGUAUUGUGGUGCUGGACGGUCAUGGUGCUCCUCUCCCUGAGCCCCUAGAGGUAGCCCAUGAUCUGGCUCGUUCGCCAGAUAUGCAUGGAUCACACCACCUCUUGGUCAUAUCUGAGGAACAGUUUAAGGUUUUCACCCUGCCUAAGGUGAGUGCCAAGAUGAAGUUGAAACUGACUGCUGUGGAUGGCUCCAGAGUACGGAGAGCAGGGGUCGCUUGGUUUGGCAGCAAUCGCACGGAGGACUACGGCGAGAGUGGCCUCAUGGUUCUGACCAAUCAGGGCGACGUCCACGUGGUGUCGCUGCCUGGCGUCAAACUGCAGGUCCACUACAAUUGCAUCCGUCGCGAGGACGUCAGUGGCAUUGCUUCCUGUGUUUUCACCAAGCAUGGCCAGGGCUUUUACCUGAUCUCUCCAUCCGAGUUUGAACGGUUUUCUCUGUCUACGCGCAACCUGGUAGAGCCUCACUGUUUGGUGGAAGCCCCUCAAUAUUCUGCUCCCUCCACUCAACAUAGGCCACAUGCUAAUAAAGCUUCAUCUGCUCAAAGGAAUGCCAGGCAUGAGAGUGAGGAUGCAGAAAGUGCAGCUAGACGUGUUAUGGAGCAUGCUUUGCUGAAUGACGAGAAAGUACUUCAGGAAAUCCAGAAGUCUCUAGAAGCAGACCAGAUGUUGUUCUCGGAGAAUAAUGUGAAGAGUGCUUUAGCCUGAGGACCAUUGCUCUACAGUGGAGGACUCACUUGUUGAUGUGUAUGAAGCAUAUAGUAGCCCCAAAUCAGCAGUCGUCUCCUCAGCCGACAAAAGAAACACUACUGACCUUUGACCCCUCACAUCAGUGACAAACAUUCCCACUGACUCUGCUUGUUGUGACGCGGCAGCAGGACCUGUCUGCCCAGCACAGGCUAACAGCGCAGACAGAGGGUGAAGGAACAGACACCACCCGUGCCUACAGACCACACACUGUACACAGAUCUAUCCACAGCAUGGUCACAACCAUUUAACCCAAAGCUUCAUGAAGCACAUGCUUUCACGCGUGACCAGUGCCACAGUUCAAUGCCAGCAUCUUUCGUUGAUGCCCCUCGUUGAAGCUUGACAUCCAUCCAAAAGCCUUUAUAUUUAUACUGACCAUUUGAUGUGGUCAAAUCAUUGCCUUCAUCUCUCUACAUGGACAUUCAGCUAGAAAGAAGGCUGACAGUGAUUUGCAUAAUGAAGAUGAAAAUAUUUUGUAGCUAAAUUUUAUGUGAUGUGUGCCUCUUUUGUGUUUAUUCGAAGAAACUUUUAGAUGCUACAUUGGAAGCGAAUUUCUGCCAAAAAGCAACGUGCCGGAUGGAAAGUUGAAAAUUUCCUUAGAUACAUAGUCAUGUGUGAGAUUAUACAUUAAAAUGUACUUUUUGAUGUUAAAGGUAAUGUAAGUGAUGUCAAAAACAUUUUUAUGCUAAAAUUAUGAGCUACGUGAAGAUUACUUUCAGGUUAAACUCAGCCGUUAUUACUCUCAAUCAUUUCACAGAAUUUAGGUUUUUAUUCAAAUCAUAAUUUUCACUUAAUGUGACCUUGCAUCCUUUUUUAAAUGUAUUUUUAUUUCAAGUAAUACUUUAUGCAUCUGUUUAGUACCUAAUAGUUUUAAAAGUAUUUUUGUUCACACAUCAUAGUAAUUACUUGACAAAGUUUGACUCAAACGUGAUUAUGUUUUUCUUUUAAUUAUUGUAUUAAUAGUAAAGGUAAUUUUUAGAAAACGUCCUAAUUUUGACCUUUAAAAAUGUAGGUGGAUUUGUAGUUUCGUUGUUUUUGGCAUAAAUGAGCUUCCAUACAAGGGAAAUGUUAUCAGAGUAACAUAUAGAAAUCUGUUUGAUGUUAUGUUGAACCACACUGAUCUUACUGUAUAUGUUUCAGCCAUAAUUUUUUAAGAGUUAGUACUAGAAUUACAAACUACUUUACCACUUUAUGCUGCUAGGGCAGUCCUUUCCACUACUGCAGAUCUCGCAAUGCUGUUUUUUGUUUGUUUUUUUAGGGGGGAGGGAGUUGUGGGCCUUAGUGGGGUCUGGUUUUCAGUCAUUUAAAAAAAAAUAUUUUAUGCCAGCAAUGAAUGUUUAUUUAGGAAUGUAACUGUAAGCUAAUAUAGUCAGACAUAUUAAUAUAUACAGUGUAUGCGACUCUGUACCUGUGGGCCUGUUGUAACUAGGAUGGGCUGCUCAUAAGAUCCUACAAGGAAAUAUUUUGGUACUGUGUCUCAGAAUGCUGGGUAUUUUAGCAUCAGUCUAGAAUAUAUUUUUGUAGUAAACUGAUUAAGAACCCUAAUUUUUUUUUAAAGUGUAACACUACAGUUUCUUGUAGGUAAAUAUUACACAUUUCUGCAAGAA